CAGUGUGAAAUGAGUCAGUCCAUUUGGGGAAGAAGCUUUGGUGAGAGAUAGAGAGUGAAGAGUAGAAGAAAAAAUGGAGGGAUCUGAGAUUCGGCGGAGAAAAGCUUUCUUCAGCGAGAGUUAGGGGAUCAUCUUGAACACAUCUUCUCCGAGAUUGAAGCGAUUUGAAUUUCGGUAAUCUACUGGACAGAAAUAGAGACAAAUUCGAGUUGAAGAUAGAUUUGGAGGAACCGAUAACUUAAUUCUGAUAUCUGCCUCUGCCGGUGGCUAUUCAUGAGUGAUUCAGAUUGUGGAUAGAGCCUUUGCUUCCUGAAGCAAGAUCUAGUCCAUGAGGAGUAGGCUGUUAGGAAUAAUUUAACUUCAGAACCAGGGGAAAUGCUUCAUAGAUGGCAGAAGAAGAGGACUCAUUUCCCUCUUAUUAUUGCCCUGGUAUUAUGCAUCUUCUUAGUUUGUUCAAUUCUCUUAACCGAGCGCAGCAUUCAGCAAAUCUAUGGUGAAGAUCAUCGGCAUACUUCACUCAAGCAGGCAUCUCUGCUGAAAUCCACCGUUUUAGCUAAUUCUACCUUUCCUUCCACUUCUCCAGUUGUUUUGGACAGAUUUACUACAUGUAGAUCCACUGUUAAGUACAAUGGCCGGAAACCAGGAUGGAUGGUUACUCCCAAGUCAUUGGAUCCUCAUGGGAGUGAUGGAAGCUGUGACGUUUUUUCUGGAAAAUGGAUAUUUGACAAUAUCUCUUAUCCACUCUAUAAUGAACAAGAUUGCCCUUACAUGUCUGAUCAAUUGGCUUGCCACAAGCAUGGAAGGUCUGAUCUGAGAUAUCAGCAUUGGAGAUGGCAGCCCCAUGGAUGCAGCUUGAAAAAAUGGAAUGUUAUUGAGAUGUGGGAGAAAUUGAGGGGAAAAAGACUCAUGUUUGUUGGAGAUUCACUGAACAGAGGUCAGUGGAUUUCAAUGGUGUGUUUGUUACAGUCUGUAAUUCCAGAAGACAAGAGGUCUAUGUCACCAAAUGCUCAUCUCACAAUAUUUAGAGCAGAGGAGUACAAUGCGACAGUCGAGUUUCUAUGGGCCCCGCUUCUUGUCGAUUCUAACUCAGAUGAUCCUGUAAACCAUAGAUUAAACGAAAGAAUCAUGCGUCCAGAUUCAGUUCUAAGGCAUGCAGCUCUGUGGGAGCAUGCAGACAUUCUAGUUUUUAACUCUUAUUUGUGGUGGAGGCAGGGACCUGUUAAGCUGCUAUGGGCCGAUCAAGCCAAUGGAGUCUGUGAAGAAAUAGAUGGUCUAGGAGGAAUGGAGUUGGCCAUGGAAGCCUGGGCUAAUUGGGUGGCUUCCAAUGUUAAACCUCUAAAGAAACGAGUCUUCUUCGUUACUAUGUCUCCAACUCAUCUCUGGAAUAGAGAAUGGGAGGAGCCUGGAAGUGAAGAAGGAAACUGCUAUGAUGAAAAUAUUCCAAUAAGGGAUAGUUUGUAUUGGGGAAGUGGGUCUGACCUGCCUACAAUGCAGAUGGUGGAGCGAGUGCUUAGCCUUCUUGGCUCAAUGGUAUCUGUGGUGAACAUUACUCAACUGUCGGAGUAUCGAAAAGAUGGACACCCUUCUGUUUAUCGCAAGUUCUGGGAAAAGUUGAGUUCAGAACAGUUGAGGAAUCCGGCCAGUUAUUCUGAUUGUAUUCAUUGGUGCUUGCCUGGGGUGCCUGAUGUGUGGAAUGAAUUGCUUUUUCAUUUGUUGUGAAAACGAUUUUUUGGAUUUCCUUUUGAGUUUUUCACACGUGGUUUUGAGGUUUUAUAGUAAUUGGGUUUUAUAGUAAUUGGUCUGAUAAAGAGAUGUAAAGAGAGCAGUUUCCUAAAGGCUAAAGCUAAGUUGAAGAUGCAGGCAAAAGGAAAAAUGUGUUGUUUUCUUCUCCACUUUAUUUGGAACUUGUAGAUAAGCUUGCAGUUAAUGGAAGAUUCAUGAUGAUAUCUACCUAUCUGUUUUUUGUGUGUUAGUUUUUGAUGAUUAUGGUUCUUGGCCUUAUUAAUAACCUACCAAUAACGAAUUUGAAGGCUUAAAUUUUGUUUUCUUCAAUUUUUUGUUUUGUCUAGUUUCCUUGUAAGGAGACAAUU